AUGGCCGACAAGAAACCCAUCGUCACCCAUGUCUUCACCGCCGACCCCUCAGCCCACGUCUUUAAUGGCAAACUCUACAUCUACCCCUCACAUGACCGCGAGACAGAUAUCAAGGAUAAUGACAAUGGCGACCAGUACGACAUGAAUGACUACCACGUCUUCAGCAUGGAGGAAGUAGGCGGCCCAGUAACAGACCACGGCGUAGUCCUCAAGCAAGAGGACAUCCCCUGGGUCCAGAAACAGCUUUGGGCUCCCGAUGCAGCGAGCAAGAACGGCAAAUACUAUCUUUUCUUCCCUGCGCGGGACAAGGAGGGCGUGUUCAGAGUCGGUGUUGCAGUGGGAGAUAAGCCCGAGGGACCAUUCAAGCCCGAGCUGGAACCAAUCAAGGGCAGCUUCAGCAUCGAUCCCGCGAGUUUUGUAGAUGAUGACGGCGCGGCGUAUCUCUACUUUGGCGGUAUCUGGGGAGGGCAGUUACAAUGCUGGGCGAGCGGCGCGUACAUCAAAGAUGACUAUUCGACCAUGGAGGCGCAGGAGGGCAAUGCGUUGACGGCGAAAGUAGCAAAGCUCAGCGACGACAUGACGUCGUUUGUAUCAGAGGUCAAGGACGUGGUUCUUCUCGAUGAAGCGGGCGAGCCGAUCAAAGCCGCUGAUCACGACCGCCGCUUCUUCGAGGCUGCUUGGCUCCACAAGUAUAAUGGGAAGUACUACUUCUCCUACUCCACGGGCGAUACGCACUUUUUGUGCUAUGCGAUAGGCGACAACCCCUUCGGUCCGUUUACGUAUGCAGGCAGGAUACUCGAGCCUGUUAUUGGUUGGACGACGCAUCAUUCGAUUGCUGAGUUCAAGGGCAAGUGGUAUCUGUUCUACCACGAUUCUUCGCUGUCCAAGGGUGUGAAUCACCUGAGAUGUGUCAAGAUUAGGGAGAUUGUGUAUGAUGAGCAAGGCAAGAUCAAGUUGGCAGAGGACCAGCCAAAGGUUUAA